GCUAUGGACGCUGUUGCUAUGUAACGCGUUAGCGUCAAACAGGAGCUUGGUUUUCUGUCUUUUUCUCCUCAGCUGAGGAGAAAAAUGGACGACACCUUUCAGCUUGAAUAUGGUGGAGCGCCCAAAAACGUUGCUAAAUCUGGACGAAGAGCUCGUCCUCAGGCGAACCAAUCGUCAUUUGAAGAUUCUCGCCAUGCAAGGAAGUCCUCCACUUCUGCAUCAUUAGAAGAAUCACAUGAUGCUGAUGAGGGCCCCCCUCCUAAGCCGGCCCGGCGGCAGGGUGGCUGGGCAGAAGAAAGCUCUGGAUCAGGUUCUGCCAAAUCUUCUAGAAGACACACAGAGAACUUUGAGGACCAUCGCCUGCGACCACAAACCCCCAAAGGAUCAGAUGAUGAAGGAGAUAUUCCUGUGAUUCCGGACCUUGAUGAAGUGCAGGAGGAAGAUCUGACGAUGCAGGUUGCUGUUCCACCAAGCAUCCACGUGAGCCAGGUGAUGACCUACAGAGAUCUGGACAACGAUCUCAAGCAUUACUCUGCUUUCCAAACUUUAGAUGGAGAGAUCGACUUGAAGCUUCUCACUAAGGUUUUAGCCCCAGAGCAGGAGGUGAAAGAGGAUGAUGUGAGCUGGGACUGGGAUCAUCUGUUUACAGAGGUGUCCUCGGAGCUGCUGAUUGAAUGGGAUCAAGGAGAGAGCAGCGAACCAGGCUUGAAGUGACUUUGGAUCCUUUAAUUAAAGUUUAUUUUACUACUUCUUUACACAGAGUUGUAUUUUUAUAAAUGUCUUUAAACAGUUUUGUUGCCUAACUUUUUUUGUAUAUAAACCCACAAGGUUUUGAAUUGUUUGUUAAAAAUAGCAGUCACAGAUAAACAUGCCCUCUCUGUACCGACAACAUUAUCAACAGCAACAUACAAGUCCAAGGUUGAUAAUCAGCUAAGCUGAAAUCCACUUGAUUGUGUUUAAAUUAACAUUCCUCAUUAAAGCCUACAACCUUA